AUGUGGCAGGACAACAACAAUCCUUACGGUUCUUCAUCUUCACAGAGCCCUUACUACCCCAAGGCGCCCGCUCAAAACGCCCCGCUUCAAUUCUACGAUCAAAGCUCAUUUUAUCCCGGUUCACGCUCAAGCCUUGAGGGCAAUGUCGGUCCACAGGGUUCCAUAGCACCGCAAGGCGUCGGAAAUGUGUAUGGUGGAAACAUACAGCCCGCAGGAGGAUGGUGGACAGCUUUUGGAACCGGUGGAUUUGAGGGCGAGCCUCCUUUACUCGAAGAGCUCGGAAUUAACUUCUCACAUAUCAGCGCCAAGUCAAUGACCGUGCUCAAUCCUCUGAGACACAUAGAUGAGCACAUUAUGGACGACGCAGACCUUGCGGGCCCACUUCUAUUCUGCUUCUGCUUCGGCAUAUCCCUGCUAUUCUCAGGAAAACCACAGUUUGGGUACAUUUAUGGCGUCGGCCUUCUAGGCUCCAUGUCCGUGUACCUCCUUCUCAACCUCAUGUCCGAGAAGGCCAUCGACGCAUACCGCGUAGCUUCUGUGUUAGGCUACUGUCUCCUUCCCAUGGUAGGUGUAGGCGCGCUGAGUGUGCUAGUCACAUUAGACGGCCUUGUCGGCUAUGCUCUGUCUCUCGUCUCAAUCGCAUGGUGCACAUAUGCCGCGUCCGGUAUUUUCGUCACAGUCCUUCGAAUGACAGACCAAAGGCUGCUUGUCGCAUAUCCGGUUGGACUGCUAUACGGGUGCUUCGCGAUGCUGAGCGUUUUCAACGUU